AUAGCUCGGCCCAUUUCUCUCUGAGGCUCAAGCCUUCGUCUUCUCCCAUAUUCCGCCUCCAAAUGUAACGAAACCGAACAGAAAGAGUAGGGAGGGUGAUUCGGUGGAUAGAUAAGUUGUAGAAAGAUCAAUUCAGUGGGAAACACAUCUUCAAUUAAUCACACUCACACUAAUGGCUUUCUCUUUAGGAAUCAACUCCUUCCGCUUCUCACCUAUUAUUUGUUAUGCGAAUCCCAAUCACUUUCACUCCAAUGAUGCCGCCUUUAUCAAACGCGCUGCCGAGUUAGCCGACAAGUCCGCCGGCUUCACCUCCCCGCACCCGAAUUUCGGCUGCGUCAUAGCCACUCCAUCGGGAAAUGUUGCCGGGGAGGGCUAUUUAUACGCGCAGGGGACAAAGCCUGCUGAGAUUCAAGCGGUGGAGGUUGCCGCCGGGUCGAGCAAAGGCGCUACUGCUUAUCUGAAUAUGGAGCCUGGGGAUUGCCAUGGAGAUCACACUGCUGUCUCUGCUCUUGUUGAGGCAGGGAUUGCAAGAGUUGUGGUUGGGAUUAGGCAUCCGUUGAGGCAUCUUCAAGGCAAUGCUGUGCGUGCGCUAAGAAGUCAAGGUAUACAGGUUGAUGUUCUUGGAGAAGAUCUCCAAAGUAAGAUUGUCGAGGAUGCUCGAAAAUCAUGCCUCCUUGUCAAUGCCCCUUUGAUUCAUAGAGCCACUUCUCGAGUUCCAUUCUCCAUCCUCAAGUAUGCUAUGACUCUUGAUGGAAAAAUAGCUGCCAGUACUGGACACGCAGCAUGGAUAAGUAGCAGAAAGUCAAGGAAUCGAGUUUUUGAACUGCGAGGCAGAAGUGAUGCCAUUAUUGUUGGAGGAAAUACUGUACGCAGGGACAAUCCUCGAUUGACAGCUAGACAUGGUGGUGGGCAUAUGCCUAUGAGAAUUGUAAUGUCACAGACACUUGAUCUUCCUGAGGAAGCAAUUCUUUGGGAUGUUUCUGAUGUUUCUACCAUAGUUGUAACACAAAGAGGUGCCAGGAGGAGUUUCCAGAAGCUACUUGCAUCCAAAGGAGUUGAAGUGGUGGAGUUUGAUGUCUUAAAUCCUAGAGAAGUUAUGGAAUAUUUUCAUGAUCGUGGAUAUCUGUCCAUUUUGUGGGAGUGCGGAGGGACACUUGCUGCCUCUGCUAUUUCAGCCGGUGUUAUACACAAGGUUUUUGCAUUUGUUGCCCCAAAGAUUAUUGGUGGAAAGAGUGCACCUACUCCUGUGGGUGAACUAGGGAUGGUUGAAAUGUCACAAGCCUUGGAUUUAAUUGAUGUUUGCUAUGAACAGGUUGGACCAGAUAUGCUAAUUAGCGGAUUUCUUCAGCCUAUCCCGGAACUGACUCCAGUUAUCCCAUCAGAGGAUGAGACUUUUGCAAUUGAUCCUACUGUCACUCCUUAUGAAUCAAGCAUCAUAUUCUUCUAUAAGACUUGGGAUCCUUAUGGGGCUUUUUCAAAUUUUUCUCCUCAUCCAAUUCAAAUGUUUGAUAGCAAUGGUGAUUAUGCCACAUGGUCAAGUGUAGAGCAUUAUUACCAGGCACACAAGUUUUUGGGGGUGAAUGAUCCUGUAGCAAAAGAUUGCAUUGAGAAGAUUAAGUCAGCAAAAAGUCCAGAGGAAGCAGCACGAAUGGGAAGGUCAAUGCAGAGGCAGUGCCCCAAUCUGGAUAUGGAUCUUGGCCUCUUGGGAACGUCAAUUGCUCACUUUGAAUCCCUUAUACUCCUGGCAAUUUGUUGGAAGCUUAUCAGUCCAUGUGAUGUGCAGGUGAGAUCUGACUGGGAUAAUGUCAAGAUUGAUGUCAUGUACAAGGCAUUAAAACGCAAGUUCUCUAUUUAUCCUCAUUUGAAUUCUAUGCUGCUCUCAACUGCUGGCUCUGUUCUUGUUGAAGCUUCCCCACAUGAUCUUUUUUGGGGUGGAGGCCGGGAAGGUGAAGGCCUAAAUUAUCUGGGCAGGCUGCUUAUGCAGUUGAGAUCAGAGUUUCUUGGUGAGUCCUCUUCAUCAAGUGGAACCACUUGCUUAGCUCUAUAAUUUAUGGAUGAAAGAUUCAAUGUCAAUGCUGAAUAUAUGCUAUUUGUUGUAACAUUACUGUGGGGAACAAGUGAUUCGUUCAGAAUAAAAUCUUCAUAAUAUUACAGCA